AAACGUCAUUUAGUUAAAACGAGUCUCUUCGUUAAGAUCACCUCAUAUUCCGUCGUGAAACUUUUUCAAUGAUUUGUCACCCUACUUUUUGAAUAUCAGUUUCCAGAGUGGAAAAAUGGAGACUUUAACAAAAAUUUGCAGUUUCCUUCUUGUAAUUUAUCUUUCUGGAGGAGUCACGUGCCGAAGUAUGCCGCCCGUUAGGCAUUAUACACUUGAAAGACUAAACAUUAAAAGAACUGACUUGAAACAUAUGUGUGAUGCGAGAGGAGCAAAUCUUUAUGAAGACGUGCACAGUAGGCAUAUUUCAUUCACUUUAAAUCUAACCGAAAGGUUCAUGACUUGGAAGAAGGAAGUGAGCCCAACUGACGAUGUGUACAAGUUAGUUCAAGAACGUUGUAACAAGGACGCCACCCUGAAGGACAUGCUCAAAAAAUUCAUUGCAUCGUCUCAAUUCUGCAUGGAAGAGAAAGAUCGUUUAAAAGAUGACAAACUGCAAGCCCUAACUUCGAGGUUGAUGGAGCUUUUCUGUGCACAAUACAUACAUAGUCAUGCCUUCUCGUCGGACGAAGGUUGUCUGGAUCUGGUGACAAACGCAGCAAUCGAUACUUGCAAGGAAAAGUACAAAACUGAUCAGUUUAUUCCAUUGCCCUUUGUCUACAGCAAUAAAGAAUGCAAUGACUAUCAGAGGUAUUCAGAAUGUAGAUUGGAGGCAAUGAAGAGCUGCAAAGAUACAACCAAGACUGCUGUGGAAGCUGCCGAUUCCAUUAUGUUCCAUACAUUUUAUGGUUGCCAAAACAUCUCAGUGAUUCCGGAAAAAAUAACAAUAAAACGGAGUAUAAACGAAAAUGAUGAAUUUGUUCGUUUAAACAUAAGUGACGAAAUUUUUGAAGAAAAGUGUAAUAUUAAUGCAAAUGUAACUUUUGUGAAUAUUAAGGAACGUAUUUCAAAAAUAUCAGAAGUCAUAAAUGAAAAAAGAACACAAUAUGUAAAUAUUGUACAUCAUUUGGCUUCACAAUUUUCGCAUUUUAAUUUUACUGAAAAGAUGGCCUCCAACAUUAAGACAGCUUGCAUUGAACAACCCAUAUUCAAUAAUUCUCUAAAAACCAUAUAUGAAACAGUGGAACUCUGUCUUUCGGAAAAUGAACGACCCACAUUGGAGCAAAAAACAAAACUCUUAAGACAAAGCGUUGAUUACAUUUGUUCAUUCAGUGUUAAACUAGGUCUACUCCUUAACAAACAUCAUAUUGAUUGCUUUACUCCUGGGGUAUUUUUGGACUUGGCUUUGUGUAAACUACGUUUGCCAAACAAUGUAUUCUUAAACGAUAAAAAUGUAGUAAUUAUGACUUUGCCAGAAGACUGCAGCAUGAUCUUCAAAACAUUUAUGUGUAAAUUAGAUGCUUUGAAAGAAUGUGAUUCUUCGGCAGAACUUCAACUUAAAUCAAUAUUCAAUGACGAUUUAAAAUUUUCAGGAUGCGAUUAUAUGUAUUUCGAAUAAAACAUCCUUUCUUCACAACUGUUUAAAACAGUAGUAAUUAAAAUUUUUAUAUAAUAA